CGCGCGGCGGGGUCGGUCGGGGCCGGGGUCGGCGGGCUCCGGGGUCCGCGCCGAGCGCCUCCUCGCCCCGCCGCCCGCCAUGUACACCUUUGUGGUGCGCGACGAGAACAGCAGCGUCUACGCCGAGGUGUCCCGGCUGCUCGUCGCCAGCGGCCACUGGCGGCGGCUGAGGCGCGACAACCCGCGCUUCAACCUGAUGCUGGGCGAGCGGAACCGGCUGCCCUUCGGGAGGCUGGGGCACGAGCCGGGGCUGGUGCAGCUGGUGAAUUACUACAGAGGGGCCGACAGACUGUGCCGCAAAGCUUCUCUGGUGAGGCUGAUCAAGACGAGCCCCGAGCUGGCUGAUGCCUGCACCUGGUUCCCCGAGUCCUUCGUGAUCUACCCGACCAGCCUCGGGACUCCGGUGGCUGCAGCGCAGGAUGGCCCCUACCCUCCCGUCAGAAACUCACGGACCGAUGAAAGGGAGUUCUUUCUGGCUUCUUACGACAGCAGGAGGGAGAGUGGAGAGGGCAGUGUUUGGAUUGCAAAGUCAUCAGCUGGUGCCAAAGGUGAAGGCAUUCUCAUCUCCUCGGAGGCUGCCGAGCUGCUGGAUUACAUCGACAGCCAGGGCCAGGUGCACGUGAUCCAGAAGUAUCUCGAGCGCCCUUUACUUCUGGAGCCAGGUCACCGCAAGUUUGACAUUCGGAGCUGGGUCUUGGUGGACCACCAGUACAACAUCUACCUCUACAGAGAGGGCGUGCUGCGGACCGCCUCGGAGCCGUAUCACGCUGACGACUUCCAAGACAAAACCUGCCACCUGACCAAUCACUGCAUUCAGAAAGAGUACUCAGAGAACUACGGGAAGUACGAGGAGGGGAACGAGAUGUUCUUUGAGGAGUUCAACCAGUACCUGACGAGCGCUUUGAACACCAACCUGGAAAGCAGUAUCUUACUACAAAUCAAGCAUAUAAUAAGGAGCUGCCUCCUGAGCGUGGAACCCGCCAUCAGCACCCGGCACCUCCCCUACCAAAGCUUCCAGCUCUUCGGAUUCGACUUCAUGGUGGACGAGCAGCUGGCGGUCUGGCUCAUCGAGGAGCCUUCCGUAGCUCCCCGCCGGCAUCCUGGGGAAGUUGAGGUGGUUGUUCUAAAGGAGCGCAAGAGUCCUCCGUCCACCAGGUGCAGCCCCCACCACCACGCCGGCCUCCGAGCAGCCCCUGCCAUGGGCCCGGUGCCGUCACCCCGCACUGUGGCUCCGUUUCAUCCCCAGGCCCUGCAGCUGUCCCGGCCCAUCUGGCCCCGUCCGGGCUGGAUUCACCGUGCAGCCGUGUCCCCCUUUGACUCCUCAGGCCCCGUCCCCAGCGGAGAGAGACUGAGCAAGACAGAGGACAAAGUGAACCCUGACUGCAAACUGGGGCUAGUGCUUCAGUGGAGAGGGAAGGGUGUUAGGAGAGAAUGUGCUCGAGCAGGUCUCCAUUCGGAGCUGUGGCCGGGGAUGGACUAGGAGGCUGAGGCGGCGGCCAGCAGGGGAGAGAGCGUGUCUGGGUGUUCCUGCACCCGAUCCUGCUCCCGUCCCUCUGCCUGUCCCUCCGCCGUGCUCUGGACCCUCCACCUCCGUCUCCUGCACCUCCUGCCCUUGUGCUGCCCUCCUUUGCACGGUUGCCUUCUCCCUUCCCCGUCGGCGUGUACCCACACACCGAUUUUCCCAUCGAUUUUAGAAAGCAGAGCCCCUCCCUGAUUGUGCCUGCUCCAGCGACCACUCCCUCUGCCUGCUUCCUCCCUCGACUCCUGUCCAGCCCCGGUCCCAUCUGCUGGUGUCUGUCCUGAUCUUUGACGGUCACCACCACGUCCAUCUUGCCAAGGCCAGUGGCCCCUUUGCGGCCUGACGCACUGGCCCUCUCGGCCGUGCCGCAGCAGUGGAAACGCCCGGGACGCCGUGCUCCCCGGGCAGUGGUGGGCCUGGCUGGGCAUCCUCAUCUGCAGAGCGCGUCGGGGCCUCAGGCCUCGGCCGGGGUGCUCGUCUUCUGUCUACGACACUCUGUCGGUGACCUUAUCCAGCCACCAAACUCUGUCGCAGCCCAGGGUUCCAGACUCGCACCUGCGAGGUCGUCUGUGGGUGCCUGUCGGGCUUGCUCGUCUCAGUGGACGUGUCUGCCCAUCCAGAGACUCCACCAGAAUCCCGCCCCGGAUCCCACCUCUCCCGCCCCCUCGUCCUCGGGUCUGUCCACUGGGGUCCGGGAGCUCUGCCUCCACCUUCCGCCCUCUACACCCACUUGCGUGUCGCUGUCGCCCGUCUGCCCUUCUGCCACCGUGACCUGUUCUCUCCAGGGCAGCCCGUGGUAGAAGGGAAACCAGACCCGGCCACGGCCAGGCUCCCCGGGCACCGCCCUCCACCUGCAAGCCCACCGCCUCCCCCCUCCAGCUGCCCCAAGCCCCCGUUUCCCUCGACUGCCCUGUCUGCUGUGGGGUCUUGCACUUGCCUCGGUCUGCAGCUCCGCCACCCCCUAAUCUACCAAAACGGCCCCGCAGGGCAGCUUCCCCCAACGGUCUGGCUGGAGCCGUACUGUUUCCCUCCCUGCACUAAUCGCCAUCGAAUUAGCUGAUUUUUGGUUGUCACCUUGCUAGGGUGUGGCUGUGAGGCCUCUUACCCUCCUUCGAGUCCCGGAGCCUGGUUCUCCGUGAGGUUAAUUGCAGACCAAGUGUAUAUUCCUGCUUUAUACUUUUCCCACCUGAUUCAGUAUUUACCUGGGUGUCAUUAAAUACAGACACCUCUGUAUCUUCCCUCUGCCCCCCAUGGGGUUUGUGUUUAAAUGCAAUGUGUGUAUCCUGAGCACGCCCUGAUGUGACACCCAGGCUGCUUCCUGGAAUGCACUCUGCGGAGGUUUAAACGGAGACUUCGAUUGUCACAGUCUUUGUAUUAAAGGCCAGGAUGAGCUCAUGUCUCGACGGGGGAUCAAGGAGCAGAGUAGAAAACGCAGCCAGGGGCACAAGUAUGAAAUGUAAGGACGGCAUGGACACGCCUGCUGUCCCGUGUGGGAAAGCCACGCUGUUUCCGCGGACUUCUGCAGCUGCGUCGUUUGCCAGGGCUGCUGGGCCAAGGCCCACACAGCACACUGGGGUAACAAUGGGGAUUCACCGGCUCACAGUGUAGAGGCCACAAGCCCAGGGCCCAGGCACGGCCAGGCUGCGCUCUCCCUGACGUCUCAACCCUAGAAGUCCAGGGCCCAGGCACGGCCAGGCCGCGCUCUCCCUGACGUCUCAACCCUAGAAGUCCAGGGCCCGGGCACGGCCAGGCUGCGCUCUCCCUGACAUCUCAACCCUAGAAGUCUGAGACCCAGGCACGGCCAGGCCGCGCUCUCCCUGACGUCUCAACCCUAGAAGUCCAGGGCCCGGGCACGGCCAGGCCGCGCUCUCCCUGACGUCUCAACCCUAGAAGUCUGAGACCCAGGCACGGCCAGGCCGCGCUCUCCCUGACGUCUCAACCCUAGAAGUCCAGGGCCCAGGCACGGCCAGGCCGCGCUCUCCCUGACGUCUCAACCCUAGAAGUCUGAGGUCCAGGCACGGCCAGGCCGCGCUCUCCCUGACGUCUCAACCCUAGAAGUCUGAGGCCCAGGCACGGCCAGGCCGCGCUCUCCCUGACGUCUCAACCCUAGAAGCCCAGGGCCCAGGCACGGCCAGGCCGCGCUCUCCCUGACGUCUCAACCCUAGAAGCCCAGGGCCCAGGCACGGCCAGGCCGCGCUCUCCCUGACGUCUCAACCCUAGAAGUCCAGGGCCCAGGCACGGCCAGGCCGCGCUCUCCCUGACGUCCCAAUUCUAGAAGUCCAGGGCCCGGGCACGGCCAGGCUGCGCUCUCCCUGACGUCUCCAGCACUCCACCAUGGGCCUGCCGCCGUCCUCAGCUCCUCCAUCCACAGCCGUGCCAAGGCCUCCAGGCGUGCGGAUUGGGACCACCCUGACCAGUCUGACCACAGCUAAGUAGGAUGUUAGGGGAUGCAGUUCACAAAGGAGGCCACACCUCCACACCUGCACUGGAUUGCAUCUUCAAAGUGCCCCCACUUACACGUGGGAAUGCAGGAAUGCAGACUGAGGUUAAGCUCGCACCUUUUGUUGGGGGUGUGAUUGGGUCCACCACAGAAGCUUACUCAGUUGUUCAGCAAGCGUUUUCCUCCAGAGUAGCUGUUUGAUUCUAAGUAUAAACAAUCCUGUCAAGGUAAUCUGAUCAAUUCCUGUUUUGAGGGGACAAUUUUGGUAGCGAGUGACCUGUUAUUUAGCAUAGCCCCAGGUGUACUGGAAAGGGUAGAUGGGCUCUUUUAUUCCACCUGAGUGUUGAAGGAGUCACGUGGGGAGGCAGCAUUGGAGAAACAGCAGCUGGAGGGUGUUAGAGGUGUGGCUUCCCCUUCCUGGCUCACCUCUGGUGCCAGGUGUGCAUGAGCUUUGCAGGAGCAGGUCUGGGGCCGGUGCCGACUGAACCCCACGAUCGUGCGUCAUCGGGCUCCCUCUCGCUGGCUUCCACGCGCUGGCUCCCACAUGGCCACCCAUCCGCUGCUGGAUUCCCAGACGCCUCAUGGAGCUGUGGGGUGGGGGGACAGGUCAAGGGGAGUGUCCUUGAGAAGUGCAGAAUGAGGAGGCAGACCCUGCAGGAAACUAACAGAAGCCAGGUGCUGCAGGUGCUGUAAGAGAGAAGGAAGGGGGCCCUGUCUUUGAGGCAGACGGGUUUUGGUGGGAAGGACUCUUGGGUUGGGGCUGGGCCUGGAAGGCUCCGAGGGGCCCGACCACGUUGGGAGGCGAGAGGCAGAGGGCCGACCUGGGCCUGCGGGCCCUUCUGUGGUAAAGAAGCCAGCGCGCCACUGCUGUUCUGCUUGUUUUGUAGAGGAAAGGGGAGAAGGGUCGGUAGGGAUAGCGAAGUGGUGGGGCAUUUAUUCAUGAACCAAGGUUUCCGUGUUUUUGUGCAUGUUAAGAUCUUACUCAUUCUGUCCCAUGAAGGGGGGGGUAUGUCAGCAGGCACACUGUCCAGUUUCCCGGCUGUGAGACGAAUGCCAUACGACGGUGGGCUUACUCACGGGAACUGAUAGGCUUUCGGUGUCAGAGGCUGGCCGGCUGGCUCCCACCUGGGGUCGGUGGCGUCCUGGCUGGCGGCAGUCCUUGGGUUCCUUGGUUUUCCCGCCCCGUGCCCGUGUCCUCUCCUUUCUCUGCUGACUUCCCUUGACCUCAGGCUUUCGGCUCCUCCCUGUGGCUCUCUGUUCCUGUGAAUUUCUUCUGCCUAUUAAGGACAGCAGUACUCGGACGCAGGCCCUCCUCGCACACUCAGGCCACACCCCAACUAAAGCGACACCUUCAAGAGAUCCCGCUCCCCUGGGCUCCCGCCCACAGGAAUGUGCACUAGGGCCCAGAGCACGUGUUUUGGGGAGUGUAACCCCACCCACCACACACACCAUUGCCGCGUAGGUUGUUCUCCCUGCACCAGAAAUGCCACCAAGGUGUGAGCCAGCUUGACCUGUGAAGCUGUUCUGCGUUCUCUCCUCCCCGCAGUGUCCCCUUUGGAAAGUGCCUUCAGAGGCGGCUCCUGCCGAACGUCGGGGAGCCCUGGCCUGGUGCUGUUUGAAAGCUCGCGGCCUGGGUGACGUGCUGCUCCAGGCUCUGGGCUCUACGCUUGUGUUGUUGAGAAGCCCCCGCCACUCCCUCGAGAGCCUCCUUGUCCUUUCCCUUCAGAAGGGGAGGUGGAGGGUUUGACCACAUUGAACUUAAAAGCGGGAUUUGAUCUGUGCAGACACACUGGCCUGGGCUCCUGUCCUCAGCUCAAGACACCUGGAUUCCAAAUGAGUCCUGAGCAGGCUGGGUGGGUGGGCACCAUCUCAGAUGUGGGUCCCCAUGUCCUGCCCCAUGAAAUGGGCAGAGGUCUUCCAGGGCAUAAGUGGCCAAGGAGUUAGAGGGCCCCAUGGCCACAGCUUUUCUGCUCUGGUGGCUCCACUGCCGUGAGAUGAGGCCAGGCCCCUGAGCGUGGCACCAAGGGCCCUGCAUGGCCUGGCCUCUGCCUUCGUCUCCCGCCUCACCUGGCCCCUUGCUCCACCUGCAACCCCAAGUACCCCGAGUCCUCUCUCCCUCUGUGCAGGCCGCUCCUUCUGCUUGCGCCCCCUGUUCUCCCCGAGCCCAGCACAUGCGCACGGGCGCCUGCUCUCUCACCAGUUCUUUCUGUCCCUGUCUUCUCUCCCCUCUCCUUCUCCUCUUUUUCACCCUGUCACCUUUUUCCUGCCUGACCUCCACUUAUUCUCCAGAUCUCAGCUGGAGACUCUGUCCUGGUGGCGCCUCCCCUUUCUGAGUUGGUGCUAUUCCCGGGUCACGCCACAUGCCACACGCACCCACCACGGCAGGUAAAACGCCUCGUUGUACACGGUGGAAACUGCCCCUGCCCCACCAGCCAGGUUCGCCUGCGAGGCCUUCAGUAGGUGUUUGUCGAGGGAAUGCUCUAGCCUCUGCCGUGCCUCCUGCGGUAUUUAUAUGCACCGAGGAGACCAGUUUUGUACAUGGAGUCAUGAGAUGUAGUUUCUGGGGCAGGUCCUGGUGAAGAAAACCUGCGUCUGCACUUUGAUGAACAUUGUCAAUGGUAUUUCUUU